AUGGUAGAAAAGUAUGAGUUGGCUACACGGUUUAAUUUUCACCAGGAUGACUCUACCCUGCCCUCAUCCAUCAAAAGAAGAAAUGUCCUGGUUACUGGGGCUAUCCCCGGCCUCGGCCGAGAGGCCUCGCGACACACGCUCGCCUUGGGUGCUUCCACCGUCAUUCUAGGAGUUCACUCGUUCUCCAAAGGUGAAGCGGCCAAAUCAGAUAUUGAGUCGACCACUCACUCCACCCGCGACCAAAAGGUAUUCGUCUGGCCCAUUGACCUCGAGUCGUCUGCUAGCAUCAAGACCUUCGCCGACAGAGUGUGGAAGCACGUUUUCGAGGGAGCCUGGCUGGGCAUGGCCAUCAUGAACGCUGGAAUCGCUCAAUGUGCUUUCCACUGCGUUGCUCAGCUUGUACUUGCUGCCACUACUCCUGCGAACGAAGCAGAAGCACCUCUAGCCCAACCUCAUUUGGUCGUUCUUACGAGUGACAUCCACAAGUCGAUCAAAUUCCCCGAGCGAUAUGAGGAUCGCAUUCUUCGUACUCUCAACAAAUUCGACCAAUGGGAGCGAUCGCAAAGUGUGACCGAGCGCUACGGUGCCACAAAGCUGAUGGACAUCUUCAUCGCAAUGGAACUGGCUCAACUGUUGCCGAGAGAUGAGUACGGGAUUCCUUUGGUGGUAUCAGAUCUUCUGACUAGGGCAGAGGUACCGUGGAUAUUUAAGCUGGUACAAGCCUUGAUUGCGAGGACAGUCGAGGAGAGGCGCAAGACUCUUCUUCGUGCUGGGACAGAAGGAUUCAAAACUCAUGGCAAAUGGUUGGAGAAUCAGGUCGUUGCAGAGUAG